UGGAGUGUGUGGUAUCUGGCGCUGUGCGUGUGUUUGCGCCGGCCCUGCCUGCCUGCCUCCCUCUGCCUCUCCCUGGAGGGGCCGCAGUGGGCCGCAGCGACGGGGGGUUCUGAGACAUCCUGCUGAAGUGGAAUAAUCCCCAAGGAACCCAAAGACCUUCGGAACAGCAAAGCCUCCCUUUCCAUGCCAUUCUGCUUCUCUGCUAACGGGAAAGUCGGUGUUCUGGUUUGUGGCCUUCUGCCGAGCCUCCAGACUUGAGCUUGAAACCAUGUGAGGGGUCCUUCCCCCCCACCCCACCCCAACCCCUGGUGCUUCCUUGACCCCAUUGUGGGUGAGUUGCCGCCGAGCCUGAGGUGCCAGCCACCAUGAUGUUCCGGGACCAGGUGGGCAUCCUUGCUGGCUGGUUCAAAGGUUGGAAUGAAUGUGAGCAGACGGUGGCCCUGCUGUCUCUCCUCAAGCGUAUCUCUCGCACUCAAGCCCGCUUUCUGCAGCUGUGCCUGGAGCACUCGUUGGCAGAUUGCACAGAGAUCCACGUUCUGGAGUCAGAGGCCAACAGUGCAGCUGUCAUCAGUCAGUGGCACCAAGAGCCCAAGGACAAAGUCGUCUCCCUGCUCCUCUCUCACCUGCCUCUCCUCCAGCCUGGCAACACGGACGCCAAGUCCGAGUACAUGAAGCUCUUGCAGAAGGUGCUGGCCUACUCCAUCGAGAGCAACCUCUUCAUCGAGGAGAGCCGGCAGCUCCUCUCCUACGCCCUCAUCCACCCGGCCACCACGCUGGACGACCGCAACUCCCUGGCCCUGUGGCUCAACCACCUCGAGGAGCGCCUCUCCAGCGGCUACUCCGGCCAGAGCAGGGGGCGGCCCGACACGGCCUACCACUCGCGCCAGGGCUCGGACGAGUGGCAGGGCCCCGUGGACACGGGUCUCGGGGACCUGGGGCACGGCUGGCAGGAGAAGCCGCCCCGGGAAAAUGGCCACAUGUCCUUCCAUUCCUCCGGCUCCGUGCCGUCGGCCAUCAACAGUAUCGGGAGCAACGCAAACACAGCUCUCCCCUGCCAAAUCCACCCCAGCCCGCUGAAGCGCUCCAUGUCCCUCAUCCCCACCAGCCAGCAGGUCCCCAGCGAGUGGAUGAGCGUGGACGAGAUGGGCGCCCGGCCAGCCUUCAUCUCCGGCGGGGAGCAUGCUCCCCUCUCGCCCCAGAGCAGCGUGGCCUCAUCGGGCAGCGAGCAGACGGAGGAGCAGUCUGGCAGCCGAAACACCUUCCAGGAGGACGGCAGCGGCAUGAAAGAUGUCCCCUCGUGGCUGAAGAGUCUUCGCCUCCACAAAUAUGCAGCCCUCUUCUCCCAGAUGACCUAUGAGGAGAUGAUGACCCUCACAGAGCAACACCUGGAGUCGCAGGUACUGCACAAGAACGUCACCAAAGGAGCGAGGCACAAAAUUGCCUUGAGCAUCCAGAAGCUGCGGGAAAGGCAGAGCGUCCUGAAGUCUCUGGAGAAGGACAUCUUGGAAGGUGGGAACUUGUGGAACGCCCUCCAGGAACUGCAGCAGAUCAUCAUCACCCCCAUCAAGGCCUUCCACGCCCUGCAGGCCAUGGCAACGUCCAAGGAGGGCCAGCAGCAGCUGCCGGCGGAGCAGCGCGGAGCCACCAAGCUGUGCCUGGACAAGAGCGGCAACCCUUCCGAGGACAAGGACCCGGCCACCGACACCUUCCUGCCCCCGACAGGCUCCCCUUGCGAUGGGGAGUCGGGGGCGGCACCCAUCGCCGAGGGGGACAUCGCAGGGCAGUUCACCCGGGUGAUGGGCAAAGUGUGUACGCAGUUGCUGGUCUCCCGACCGGACGAAGAGAACAUCACCAGCUACCUUCAGCUGAUAGAGAAGUGCCUGAUUCACGAGGCAUUCACAGAGACGCAGAAGAAAAGGCUCCUGUCCUGGAAGCAGCAGGUGCUAAAGUUGCUCCGGACGUUUCCCAGGAAGGCCGUGCUGGACAUGCAAGGUUACCGUCCGCAGAAAGGAUGGGCCUUUGGUUCCAAUUCGCUCCCCAUAGCUGGAUCUGUGGGGGUGGGGGUGGCCCGCAGAGGACAGCGGCAGUUCCAGAUGCCCCCCCGCGCCAUUCCUCCCAGCCGCCUGGGGAUCCUGAGCCCUGUGGGGAUCGGCGGAGUCUCCCCUCGGCAUGCUCUCACCAGCCCGAACCUUGGGAGCCAAGGGCGGCAGAACCUGUGGUUUGCCAACCCCGGGGGCAGCAACAGCAUGCCAGGCCAGAGUCGCAGUUCUGUCCAGCGGACCCAUUCGCUCCCCGUCCACACAUCCCCCCAGGCCAUCCUCAUGUUCCCACAGGAUUGCCAGCUCCCUGGAACAGACCUGGAGAUCAACCCUACGCUGGAGUCCCUGUGUCUCAGCAUGACGGAGCACGCACUGGGCGAUGGCACUGACAAGACUUCCACCAUUUGAAAGAAGCUGCAUCUGCUGAUGUUCCUGAGAA